AGUUUUAGUUCAAACUCACCACGUCAUAAUGCCGCCUCAUCUCCUAGCGAUCUAUGUUUUGUCCCUGGCUCUGACCCAGGCACAGAUCUUUGGAAGGCGUCCUUCAGGCCAGUACUGCAUGGACUUCGUAUUACCAAGUCCGUCCAGCGGAGUGUCAUUCCAGCCCUAUGGAAGGCAGGCCUCCUCUGGUAAGCUGUCCAUCGCAGUUCUCGAUGUUUACAACUUCCGGAGACAAGGCGGUGUAUACAUCAAUGGACGUUACCGACUGCACACGAGGAACGAACUGGAGAUCACUGCGCUGAACGAUGCGCUGAAGUUGAAUGACCCCCACACCUUCCCGUACCUUCUGCUUGGCUACACCCUCAAAUACAACAAAGCUGAUGAUGGUGUGGAGCUUUACAAUAUGCAAGGGAAAAUGCAAGCACACUUCUCUAGAAUUACUUGCCCAGGAUUACUCUCAGCUGGUUCUCGACCAGCAGUGGAUUCGCAAGUCUACUGUAGCAAACAAGCGAGGCUGAGCGUGGAUGGUGGUGGACUGGUCCGUUUUGACUUGCCUCCAGGUGGUCGUAAACAAGAACCGAUGGUAUCUUUCGUUGGUCCUUAUCGCGAGGUUGGUAGGAAGAUUCUCCUCCCCAUCCCAUUCGGCAGAUUCGCCUUCACGGUAGAGAGAGUCAAUAAUGCUACGCUGAAGCUCAUCCCGGACUCUAUACCGGAGAAGGCUUUCUUGAUGAGGACUCCGACUACCCUGGAGGAGAAGGAAGCAUGCGGGGACAAUUUCUGAUGUGGAUCGCCUCUCUACGAAUUGGGGCUUAAAGCCAGCGGCUUUACUGUGGCGAAAGCUCAAUGAUACGCAUUUUGCUUUUAUUAAUCAUUUCAGGGUUG